UUUUAGACGGCAACAGCAAUCGCAACGUCGUCAUUUCCUAAAUAAUAUGCACGUUUAAAUACCUACGACUUCUUUUUCUGCUUACACAUAUUCUCGUCUUUCAUCAAAUUUCGCAUCGAGAUGGAACGUCCAUCAACGCCGCCAUCACGGGCUCGAACUCGAACUGCCAACCCGAUAGCCUCCCCUCCCACCCCCGAAGUCACACGGCGCAUUGAAGAAAAUCGCCUACGAGCCAAGGCAUUGCGCGAACAACAUGAGUCCGCCGCCCGUGCAUCCGGCGCACCAUCUACCUCGCGCACACCAUCCGGCUUUAUCGCCACCGAUGACAUUCACAUUCCGAAUACGCGAAAGCGCACCUACGAUUCAAUAUCAGGACCAUCUACCAGUCGCGACGGCCGCACUAAUGGCGCCUCGCCGGUCAAGGAUGGUGCCGAGGGGUCCAAUAAGGGGAAAGAGGGUAAAGACGAAGGAUCUAUCAGACCAGCGAGGAAGUUUACCAAAUUCGUCGACUACGACCUCGGGAAGAUGACAGAUACAAAGGGUGGAUUCUUAAGCACCGAGGAUGAUCCCUGGAAUAAGGCUAUGUCCGGCUCGGUGGCAAAGGGAAAGAAUGGAGCGCCGGCCGAGGGACCUGGGGAGAGGCCUAAGGGAAUGACGGUGCAGGAAUGGGAGAGGCUCCAGCUGCUAAGAAAGCUGCAACGGCAAAAGGCGGGACCCUUCGAGCCGGGGUUGAGUGUGCUGCAAGAUAAGAAGGAUCGGAAGAAGUGCCGGGAGUGCGGAAGCUUCGAGAUCGACUUCGUAUGGGAGGAAGUAUUCUCGUGCUGCAUCUGUUCGGCUUGCAAGGAGAAACACCCGGAAAAAUAUAGUCUUUUAACUAAGACGGAGUGUAGGGAGGACUACCUUCUCACAGAUCCGGAGCUGAAAGAUGAGGAUCUGCUACCGCAUCUCUCGAGACCUAAUCCCCAUAAGUCACAUUGGCAUGAUAUGUGGCUAUUUUUACGAUUUCAAGUCGAAGAAUAUGCCUUUAGCGACCAGAAGUGGGGGUCUGCCGAGGCACUAGACGCUGAGUUUGAGCGCCGCGAGACCGAAAAGAAGAAGCGGAAGGAAGCCAAAUUCAAGGAGAAGCUACUGGAUUUGAAGAAACGGACGAGAACGGACGCUUAUAAAAGAGAGAAAGGUAAACUCGGAGGGUCGGCAUCGUCGGGUAAGAGAGCUCAGUUCGGCGACGCGGUGUUAAACGGCGGCAAACAUGUUCAUGAAUGGGGAAGGAUCGUCGAGAAUGAAGACGGCGCGACGGUGAAGACGUGUACAACUUGUGGCAUGGAGGUGGAGGAGAUGGAGUUCUAGAGAGGAUAGUAAGAUGAUACCCAACUAUGAAAUCGAAGCAAAUACGUCAAUAUCCGUGGAUUUAUGUUAAAGGAGUCCCCUGUACUCCCUGGAACAGAAAUUUAUCGGUGUCCAAAUGAAAGGUCCCCGUUGACGGCGUCCAGCGGUUGCAUAGAAAUAGUAACCCCCACCUAGAAAUGCUUUGCCUCACCCAGCGCAGGCAGGAUUACCGCAGCUACCGAAACAGCGAAUCUUGUACAUCUUCAUAAGCAGAUCUCCACAAUAGUUCAUUUACAUAAUCAUGUAUGGAAGAGCGAAACACCGACAUUACUGGGUACUUACCUAUAACAGAAGGUGUGGAACUUUUGUUAUAGAAUCGAGAAACCAAGAUAAGUUCUCAGAAAUAAGACAUUACCUACUUGACUCGAACAUACUACUAUGUUCGGAAUGGCACACUGUCGGGUA